AUGGGAAACAUUGUCAACACUCAUCGAGGGCAAAAUAUCCAGGCUGAAAGAGCAAUCGCCACGGUCAAAGCAGCAAGUGUUUUUAAAGCAAAAAUGAAAGAAACACAAGCAGAAAGGACAAAAGCAUCGGAGGAAAUAGAAGAGGUAGUUAAACGGAAAUUUCGCAGGAAAUCAACUGUGUUUGGAUGCAGACCCAUAGGGAGACUAGCUUCUAGUGAUGAAUCGCCACCACCAAACACCGCAAGCUCCCAGAAGGAUGUUCUAAAGUUUGUACGCAGGUGAGGAUAGAGGAAUAGGUUUGAUAUUUUUACUUGAAGGAUCAACUGUCAUAUAUUUAGUCGUUAUGCUAAAAUUCAAUGUAAUUGUGAAUAUCAGCAUUAAAAAAUAUGCGUUUUGAUUUUGCUUUUAAUGUCGUCGCACUGAGCUAAUCGCAUCCAACAGUUUCGAUAGAUUGGGCCAGUACGAGAUCUCCUAAUUUUUCAGUGGUGAAUAAGUUACCUAGCUUGGUCGUGAAUGCAGAGAGAGACGAUUAUGCCUCGUUAAUGUAUUGAUGUUUUAAAUUUAACUGCGAUUCUUCUAACAUGUUUGGGCGGAAAAAGUGAUCGAGUUUUUACUUGUUGCUAAGUGAUGUAAAUUUAUUAUUUUUUUCCUUUCUGUGAAAUCAUUGAUCACCUAGCAACUGUUACCGGCUUUCUCCUCGCUUCCAGUGAGUGGUUUCGUAGCUCAGUUGAUCGUAGCGCACAACUAGUAUUUGGAGGCACGAGUUCGAAUCCUGUCUAAGCCUGUAUUUUGUUCGGUUUCUUUUCGCAAUUUCUUUAAUAGAAGCUCAUCGAGGACCAUUUCUUAACUUGUUCACCAUCUAAAGGUCAAAAUAAUAUUUAUUUAAUUAGUUGUGCUGUCAGGUUCAUUGUGAAUGACCAGAAACACCAGCUGGCUGAUUUGACUCGGACAACUUUGAAUUGAAUUGAAUGAAACAACACAUUAUGUCUACUUUGAAAUUAAAACAAAGAAAUUAUUGAAAAAGAUCCUGAACGUUAAAACAAGGGGGGGGGGAGGUACUUGGGUCAAUAUUGAUAGGGUACGUGCCGCUGGCCUCUCAAAACCCCUACCCCACUUUAGUCAAUCUUAUGGCCAAUCGUAGACCCCAUUUUAGUACAUUUUUGGUGAAACGAAGUUUUCACGAUCACAACUUAUUUACCUUCAUUUUAUAAAUCUACCUUAUAAAGCCUUACCUGAAAUUUCUUACCUGCAAAAUCCUGAAAAUGUGGGACCACAUUCUAGUAACUCUCCAUGGAAAAUGCAGCUCCAUUAUAGUCAAUCCAGUCGUGAAAACGCAACCCCAUCCAGUGGCACAACCCUAUUAGCUUAUUAUUAAGAAGUGCUCCCCUCCCUUGGCUCGAUUACUAACCGCUGUUCGGGAAUAUGAGCCCACGCUCCUUCCCCCAAACCCACCUACUCGGGGAAGAGCAAAGACCGGACACGAGAGAGCGGCGAAAAUUGAGCCUGUCCACACCACUGGAUGAAAAAUGCCUGGAAUAAUGUUCAGGCAUGAACGAGUGUCAAACCUAUGACCGUGCUCUCUUCCUAACUGCAUUGAAGACGGGAUUAGAGGACUUAGAUUACCGCUAUUUAAGUUUGGUUGAAAAUCUACGAAUUUCUUUUUUAAUUUUCUGUCUCCUUAAGGGUCAGCGUUAGUGAUACACUAGUUGUUAAGGACACAAGUGUUGCAUGGAAUGCGUUGAGAGACUUAGUCAGCCGUGAAAGAAUUCCCUCAACUCAAGACACAGGACGGGGGCGUCUUAAAUCGGUAACAGAUGCCAUUCGGUUCACUCGAAGAACUUCCACGUCAUCAAAAACAACGAAGGUGGCCAGCGGGGAAUUUUCGUACAACGAUAUGCUAAUUGUAAGUGAAACCAUUCGUUUGCAGGGGUGUGCGUGCCUUCAUUCGCGCGUUCGGGCUUUCGGGAGUUCGGGUGCUCGUGCGUUCGUGUGCUCGUCCGUUCAUCUGUCUUUCAUCCUUGUUUCCUCCCUUUCUCUCUGUUUUUCCCUUCCAUCUCGAACAUACUUACGUCAACUUAUUUUGUGUUCGACUUUUUCUUCAGACAGAAUGGGAAACACACUGCCACUUUUGCCACUCUUCCUCCAUUGAAGAAAGCCCUCUUAAUCGUUGCCGUAUCUGCCCAAGGGUUUAUCACACUGAUUGUCUUGCUAAGCGAGGGCAUCUUUCAGGGGAUGGGGCAGCUGAAACUCUGACGCUUGCAAAUUCAGAAAUCGGCUGGAGUUGCUGUAAUUGCGUAAGUUGAGGUUCAUAACGUGAGAUCUCGUCAAUACGACCCGUAGUUUUAUAUUUAUUAGAUAAUAAAUAUUUGCAUGUAGCAACAUGAGGUAUUUAAGAAAUAGACCGUAUUUUCUAUUGGUUUACCGGUUUACUAACCCACGCGGGAUGUUGGGAAAACACGAGAAAAGUUUGUAAACCACGAGCCAGAGGCAAGUGUUUUACAAUUUAUUGAGUGUUCUCCCAACAUCCCCACAUGAUUACAGUUGAACCUGCAUUAAGCGGUCACCCAUAGGAGACCGCUUAAUACAGGUUCCAAGGAUUAGGAGUUUGAAGUAAAACAGUAAACAACACCACUUUAUGCCAUAAUUGACCUCACAAUGUACAUAAACUCGCUCGAAAAUACUAUUUAAUUGGAUUUUGGGAGAGAAAAAUUGAUUAAAAAUUACGUUAAAGAUUAUGCCUAGUUUUAUCUAAUUGGUCCCGCUUUCAGUUACCGUUAAAAACGGGUGGAGGAUAAUAGAAGCAGGUCAUGGGGACCUAGUAUAGGAGACCUUGACCGCUCAAUAGAGGUGAAAAUUACAGUGAUUUGGGGAGAAACAAAUUCGAGACUUUGGUAACUUACCGCUUAAUACAGGGUGAUAGCUUAUUACGGUUCCACUCAGUACACGUUCGACUGUACUUAAGUUUCUUUUGUCAGGACGUCCAUUUGAAGAGCGUCCCCACCAACAUGAACUACAUACAAUAGUCACCCUUUGCACAUGAACGAUGAGAUAAUGAGAGAUCGUCUAUUUCUCAUCCAUUCUUUUCAUUUUCCUCUCUUGAUUAACUAAGACUGGUGAGAGUCUAAACAAGUAAAAGUUACAUUCUCAGCUUGAAACUUUUAAUCCUUUAACUCCCAAGAUCUGAUUGUUAAUUCUCCCCUCUAGCUGCUACGCAUUUCCCUGAAACUUAGUUAUGAGAAUUUGGUGUUAGAUCAAGACAAAAACCUGUACCUGAUAAGUUUGAGAAUUCUCAGUACCUCUUUCCUGGAUUAGGUAUGGAUAUUAUAGGGAGAAGUUACAUAUUAAUCACUCCUGGGAGUUAAAGGGUUCACAGCAGGGAUGAAAUAAUCUAAUUCUAUUGUAUUUUAUUGCAGGAAAAUUUAUUCGAUCUUUUAUCUGACAACGAGAAGAUCGAUAUAAUGGAAACAUUUGAUCUAAUGGACACCAAUCAAGGUCGGUAAGAAAUAUUGAAGUGAGCCAAGACUAACGUAACUAAAAUGUUGCUUCAGAAGGUAACUAGUCGUUUCGCCUACGUUUCGUUUCCCCAACGACCAGUUUGGCUAACCUCUUGGGUCGUUUCGCCAACGUCUCAGGGUAUUUCUUUAACGUCUCAAAGGUUGUUUCGCCAACGUAUUACGAAAUGUUUCAUGAUUCCUGGUUCGGCGUAACUUGUUCGACUUCUAAUCGACCGAAAAGUCGAAGGGGAGUUCGAAACUAGCGUUAGUGACUGACCUAGACAUUGACGAAAAGACGUAAGAAGUUAUAAUCGUAGGCGAAACGACGGCAAUUCCAUUAGCAUGUUUAACUAUAUUUCCUAUUAAUUCCACUUAGAUUCUUUUAUAAACAAAGAAGAGUACCUUUCAUACCAGAAGGAGAUUUACAGAAAGUUAAUGGACAUGGAAAUGCCCGGUUAUCGAGUGAUAAUCGAGGAGCGGAUGUUUGACGACAUGGAUAGGAACAACAAUGAUCUUAUCGACUGGUGGGAGUUUGUGAUUCCUAUGUGCGUGAGGAAGUUGAGUGGACGGAGAAAGGUACUUAUAAUUCUGUGAUCUGUGAUUAAUGUCGUUCUCAGGUUCCCUGUUCGUCUCGGCCUCUUACGAGAGAGUGAAGGGCGCGAUGGAGAUAGAGUAUGGGUACGAGGUUGAUCUGUAAAAAUGUACUUCCCCUACUCAAAUUUUCUCUUUUUGGUUCAGGUAACGUUCUGUUGUAGCUGGCCAAAACUAAUCUCAAGUAACGAAAUUAACCUCAAUAAUGAAAUGAAGAUGCAGCAAAAAAAGCCUGAAAAAUCAGGCUUCGGGAUUUCUCCCAGAGAUGAAGCUAUAUAUCCUAUGCAAGGUCAUCUUUAGAAUUGCGUCCUUGAUAAAUUUUCCUUUGUAGUGGAGAUGGUAAGAGUUUUUCCUUGGCAAAACUGAUCUUCCCGUUCAAAAGCAGGCCACUAGUUUCUGGACAAUUAAAAAGCUUGUAAGGGAAGUAUGAUGUUUUAAAUAACUGCAUUCCGCCAAAAACUGAGAUGAGCGAUUCUUAUUUGUAACUUUCUCGUAUGUGGACUUGGCAUUUUUCUUUUACCUUCCGUGUUAUCUCUCUGCAUUCAGUGCCUACGGACGUGGAACUGAUGCUUUCAUUUUUUCUCCUAUUUUUCGACAGAGAACACUCCCAUCUUUGCUUACAAGACAGGAAAUUUACAAACUCAAACGAUUUUUCAAAGAAUACGAUAUGGAAGGAGAAGGAGAAAUCAGGAAAGAUUUAUCUCGAGAGGUCUUUAAGAACUGGUACCUCUCUUUGAUACAUCGACGAGAAGAGGAGGUCCCGAUUUGGGACUGGCUUGGGACUGAAUAUGUCAAAAUAGACAAUGAAGAGGAGCACUCGUUGUGUCAGCGGUUUGCCACGGUUAAGUGGAAAGACUUUGUGUUAAAUCACGCGUUGUACAUCCUUGCCGCGCGACCGAAUACAGGCUCAAUGAGGCCUUACGUUCCACAAUUCAACAGUUUGAAUUUGGAGUUCGAUGAAGACGAUGAAGAUAUUGAAUAUGAUUAGAAAACAAUUUCCUUUAAUUACAGGAAAGAUUGGUCCUGUCGUAAACAUUUUCACUCUGUGUUCUUAUUGCAUGUCACGCCAAUCUUGCGCAUACGUGAAAAUGGUGUCCUCCUCAGAGGACAUUACAUGAUGUAUAAUAUGACAUACUAGUCGGUUAGUUUUGCAAAAUAAGAUUUAGAUUUAGUCGGUGUGUUUUGAAGUAAAAGAUUUAUUGUAUGAAAAACAGGUUUUCCUUUUCUCGUUUAAAGCUUCAGCUGGAGCCACUACCUUCCAAAUUGGGGAAAGUAUGAUUUACUAAUGAACCUCUUUUCUUAGCGUUAUCUUACAUCAUCUUUUGUUCAGAAUCUUCAAGUCAAGUCUUCUCUCCGAAACUGGAAGUAGUUCAUUUGGGAGUUUGGAUAAAAGAAUUUUACUAUUUCCUGGUUUCCGUUCAUCUUAAUGAUGUAUUCCCAUCUUCAACCUCACUCUCAAGGCUUUCGCCAAUUUUCAGGGAAAAGGCCCUUGGAACAAGGUUGUUCCCAUCCUCUACCUAAGUCAGUUCGAAUGGAUCUAAAAGAAAGUGUUCAUAGUGGCCAUGGUCACAAACAUGAAAUAAUGCCAUGCAACUAAGGAACUGCAAUGAUUUAUUCAAAAACGGUAAUACUAACAAAAAACAACUUAACGUAGAGGGUUUU